CUUGGAUUUGAUAACUUUUUAGAUCAAUGGAUCAGAUUUAUCCAUCAUUAUUUAGAUCCAUCUCACCUAAAAUUAACGGAGCGCCCACCCACUACUCCGUCUCUGCUUCAAUUCUCUCGUCUUCUCUUCCGUCUAUUCCAUUCUUCUCUGCAAUCAAAGCACCGACCGGCGACGGCUUGCAUCUCGGCGCCCUUGCAUCUCUUCCACGAGAAAAUGAGCUAUGAGGUUACUUCUGAAGCGCAAUCACUAACCUCAAGACCUAAUUGUUAUUGUGGACACACUACGACACUAUGUCACGCCAAGCGCAAUUCAAGGCCUUAUCAUGAACUUACAAAGAGAAGUAAUAGAUGCCAAUGCUCGUGAAAGAGAAGUACACUCCAAGAAUGCAAUAUUGGAGUCAAGAAUCAGCAAAUACAAGAAACGAGAAGUGUUUUUGCAUAUUUGUUGUCUUGUUGGUAGCAAUGUUGUUGUACCAAAAUCUUGUGAAUUGAAAAUUCGAAGUAAUGAUGAACUAGACGUUACCAUCCUAUAGAUGUAAAAUGCACGUUGGACGUACUAUGCAUGGUAGUUGUAGUGUGGAUUUAUGUAUUUUUUAUCGUUGAUUAAUUCCUCUAUUACCUGAGCAAACCAAAUUCUAGGGCAUGAACUGCAUGGCUCACGCCUACCCCUUCUGCCGGCUUGCUUAAUCCUGCCUCACGCCUACCACUUCUGCCUCAAUCGCCUCAAGCCAGCUCCGCCGCCUGCCUUCAGUACGGUCAGCUGUUAGCAUAUCCGAGUGUUGAACUGCCGUUAUUUCCCUGUCUUCUCUUUACCGGCGCCACCGUUGGAAACUCUUGCCGCCGAAUCCGAGUGUUGGUUUCUGGCGUAUUGUAGGCAAAUGGAGGCCUUUCUACAAGUUAUAUCAGAGGCUAAGGCUGACAUUUACGAUAUUGAUGGGUUAUGUUCACAGUUGAAAAGAGUGUUUCCUCCUGCAUCAUAUUUUUAUCCUGUGCCAAGUGGAUAUGACACCCUUGUUGAAGAGUUUAAGGAAAAGGAAUGGGGUAAAACCUUUGAUAGUGCUGGGCAUGCUAUUAAUAAUUUUGUUCUGGCGGAUGAUGCUGAAUUUUUGCUAAGAUUUAUAAUGGGAUUAUUAUAUUUUAGAAAAAGUAAUUUUGUUGAAGCCUAUGAACAGUUUUAUUUGUCUGAUAAACUUUGCCGCAAACUCUACAAUCGUGGUGAUGUUGUGAAUUUUUUGAAUUUAGCUUCUCACGAGGUCAAGAAAUACUGGAAUGAUGUAGAGAACUUUAUGGAUCAAACAACUGAAAUGCAUGCAGUGUUGAAUACACUGUUUUCUAAAUUUUUGGAUGGAGGUGGUUCAUAUGUUUCUAGGGCUCUUACUAGCUUCAAGGAUGAAAGGUGGAAGGAAGCCGUUGUUUGUGUUAAUUUAGCGUGUGCUGGACGUUGUGAACUAAAAAAAGAAUACCUUGAUCUUUGCUUAACAUUUUUUAAGGGAUUGUUGCAUUAUAGAAGAAACCAUUAUGCCCGAGCUUACGAGGAAUUCUUGUCAUGUGAUAGUCUUUGCAGUGAGAUCUUUCAGAGUACUUUUUUUGAAAGUACAUUAUUUGACAGGUUCAUUGCAUUUGCUUCUAAUGGGAUCAAGAAUUUAUGGGAUAGUCUAGAAGAACAUAUCAACCAAACGGAUGAAAUGCACAAAGCAUUUGUUGUACUGUUCUGUGACAUUCUAGAUGGGAAUGGUGAUAAAAAUGUCGAUGAAGCUCUGACUUUUUUCAAGAAAGAAAAUUGGAGGAAAGCAGCUAUGUCUGUUUUGAAAGCUAUUGAACAGCGUGGACAAAAACAAGAAUAUUUUGAUCUAAUUUUACAUUUUUUUUAUUGUGUUGUGAGCAAUCAAGACAGAAAAAAAGAUUUGGUUGAGAAACAUUUUCAGAUAUGUUUGGAAUUGAAAACACGUUUGAGUCUUCCUUUUCCUAGUGGGUCUUUCUUUAAAAAGAAAACAAAAAAAAAGCAGAAGGUUCCUGGUGAAGUUGUUCCACCAUCAUCUACUUCAGCAUCCACAGUCAUUGCUCAUAAUAUCGAGGAUUCAAACCAGGUACCUCGUACAGAUGAACCGCUACUUUCUUCACAAUCCCUCGACAUUUCUCCCAAGAAUGAAGAAUCAGUUCAGGUUAUCGGACCCGAAGGAGAAACAGAGAGUAGAAUAAGCCGGCUUGCCAAAAUUGAAAAACUUGUUCUUGGUCAGAUUGAGAAGCAAGAAUAUGAUAAAGCACUGGCGUUCAUCAAGACGUGCUUCGAACAAUGUACUGGCGAUUCAAGAGAAAAGGAGGUAGAACAAUGUGUUCUCUAUGAGUUGCGCGCAAUGGUUUACAUUAAUAAUGAAGAGAGAAAAGCUGCACUUAUGGAGGCUUCCACAGCUUUUGAGAUUCAUAAAAAAUAUGGGACCUUCUUCAAGUGUUCAGAAGUGGCUGACAUUUUUGGGGAGCAUAUCUUCGCACAAAAAGAACUUGGUAGUGCCAUUAAUUUCUUUGAAGCUGCAGUCAAGCAUGCUAGGAAGGAAAAUUGGAAAGAAAAAUUCAAGACCCAAUUGGAUGUGCUACAGGAAGAAUACAGGGAGCACAAGAGGGAAUCUAAGUGCAAAAGUGCAAAUAAGAAGGCUAGUUUCAUGCAAAAUACAAUUGAAUCUGCUAGUGAAGUUAUUGUCUACAAUUCUGAGACCAGUACUAAUCAAACCGAAGGCAUCAAGGAUGAAGUUUCUGGACAGAAAAAUGAGUUUGAUAUUAUACUCAAAUGCACGCGCUACUCUACUGCUCUUGAAGGCCUAAGGGGCCUUAUGAAAAGUUGUGGAUCCAAUCUUCCAGUAAUGUAUGUGCCUGCAGAUUAUUCUCGGCUCACUAACUUCAAACAACUGAGGGACUUAUGUUGUUCUCAUGACACACUUUUGUCGAUCAUUCACUUGGCUAGCAUUCCCUCCACUAGCUAUUCUUUCAUCCUAACCGAACCUGCCCAUGUCUUGGAUGUCUUCUUUAGCUCAGAGGCGGAGUGUCUUUGGUCCCUAGGUGUUCCAAAAACUCCUGAGUGUUGGUGGAGUCAUAUAGCUCCUUUGCACCAAUCAAUAUUUAGGGACAUUGCUCAUGCACUUCUCUUUCUCUACUCAAGGAGUCAAGCUUGUGGGCAGUUGGCGUUUAAUGCCUAUGUUACCGACGGACAAAGGGGAAAAAUUUUGCCGUCAAUGGCAGUUGAUAGUCGUCGAAAACAUGAUUUGCAUGAUUUUGUUAUGCUGAUGAAAUCUGUCAUCUUACAUCCCUUUCCUGAAGCUACUUUGGACGACUUUCCCUUACCUUUGGAACUGAAAAGGUUUUUCAGUUUCAUUGGUGUAAAAACUCCGAAGAGGGUACCGGUAUGGUACCAAAUUGACCACCCCUAUUUUUGGACAGUCAGAGAGCGCAUUUCUUUUGUUCAUCGUUUUAAGGCGAUGAUGUCUAGCCAGAAAAUUCUUUAUGCGGUCCUAGACGACGAGUUGUGUGACAUGAGAGCUUUUGAUGAUUGGGCCGAUAACUUGCAGGGUGUUUAUAAAGUGAUAUGGGAGAAAUGGGGGGCUCGAGGUUUGAAGAAGAAAACAAACAGUGAAGAAGUUCAAUCUAGUGGUCUUCACGCAGGAUUGUCUCAAAAAGGGUGGAUUGACAUUGUUAGUUUUGCUAGGACCCUUUAUAUCCACAUAAAUGAGAGAGAAUAUGAUCAUCUUCGCGGAAAGUGCGCAUGCCGGUGUUUUAUGGGUCGUACCAUGGAUGAUACUUGCCUCAAGAAGAUAUCACCUUAUGUAAUGUAGUUUGCACAAUUAUUUGGACAUCCUUUCGUAUGUGGAACAAUUAGAGGGAUUGAGGCAUACACCCCUCCCCCUUUUUUGCAUGAUCCAAUAGCGUGUUUGCACCCUCCAGUGAAAUCCAAACUUCCCAUGUUUAUUUUUUGGGCAAAUCAUAUCUAAUCUCUGGAUGUGUGAAUCACACUGUGAUGAUGCUAGUUGGAACUCGAGAAAAUAAUAUGGUAUUAGUUCU